CAGAGUAAUUUAUUUGUAUGGAAGAAAGGAGUAUUUAAUAAUAAACAAUCAUGAAUAAAUUAUAUCAGGAAAAAACCUGUAAUUUAAAAAUUCAAGUAAUUAUGCUGUAGCAUUUUAAAAUUAUUCAUAAUGGAUAAUAAUGAUGAAGAUAAACUACUUUUACCAGGUGAUAAAAGAGAAUUAAGUGACUGCAAUGAAAGACUAUUUUUAUCCAGAUCAAAAGAGGAUAUUAUUUAUCCAUCAUGUAGGAAUUUCAUGCUUUCGGAUUCUCAUCCAUCAUCUGUUCGUAAUACUUCUAUGAAUAUAACUGCUCAGAAUCAACAAAUUAAAAUUUCAGAAUGUAAUUUUUCUCGACAAAUAACAGCUGGUCAUAACACUUUAGACAAUGUUUCAGUUCCUUCAGAAUUAUCAUUAAUAAACAUAUCUAAUAAUUCUGCAAAUAAUUCAACACCAAUGAAUCCUUCAGUCCUACCUUUUCAAGAUCACACAACUUCUAUGUGUGAAAUAAUGACUACAAUUCCAUUGCCUUUACAAUCUGCUCUUUCUGCACCAGUUAUUACUAAACGUGGUCCAGGACGGCCAAGAAAGGAUGGAAGUGGUCCUAUUCAACGCAAAAAGAUAUUUCCUGGUAGACCGAGAAUGAGAACUCGUAAAACAACUCAUAGAGCAAUUAUACCAAUCUCAUCAACUUCAAAUCAAUCAAUUGCUGUGUUUGAAUCAAGAGGUGGUUAUCAUCUUUCAGAAUCUGCAUUGCAUGAGGAUAAAGGAUAUGAUUUAUGUGCGUCAUCUGAAGCAGCACAGUUAUUUGUUGGGGAUAUUCAUCGAAAUCAUCCAUUAGAUAUAGGGGAAAUAGAUGAUCCGCAAACAGCCUACUCUGUUUUGAGAAGAACAAUGCAUGAAGAAAGUAAUCAAGAACAAUGGCCAGGAAAAGUUUGUGCAUUUUGUAAUUUAGGUGAAAAUAGUUGUUUAGGUCAGGGAGAAUUGACUCGAUUUGAACCAUCUCCAGGAUUUAAUCCAUUUAAAAAAGAUAUAAAAUCUCGUCGUGAAUCAAGUGAAAGUGACAGUGGUACACCACAAAUUGAAAGAUCUCCAAAAGUGUUACCAUUAAGAAGACAAAAAAGUUCUACUAAAUUUGGAAGGGAAAGAGGAAAAAUGCAUCGCCGUUCUAGUCUCUAUGGUUUGAAUGAUUUGUUUAGAAUACAACCUGGACCAAUGGAUGAAUUAGAAGUUGUUGGUUUUCCUGAAGAACCUGAUCCAAGUGUUAUAUUUGAAUCUACAGGACAUGUAUUUGCACAUCACUGUUGUGCUGUAUGGUCUGAAGAUGUAAGUCAAACAGAAGAAUAUACACUCACCAAUGUAGAUGUAGCUGCAAGCCAUGGAUUGUCUCAGGUGAGAAUUUAUAAUAAUAAUUUUAGAAUAAUUUAAUAAUG